AUGCGUUUGUCCCUCUUCCUUUCCGGCCUUGCGGCUGCCGGCUCCAUCGUCUCUGCUGAGCGAACCUGUGGUGCUGUCCCACCACGUGGAUAUGAGAAGGAGUUCUCUGAGGCAUUCGCCGCCCUUGGUCCCGAGGCCACCUCCGACUUGACCGCUGGAAUCACCAUUGACACCUACCUCCACGUCCUCACCAGCGGCACUACCGGAAACAUCCCCGACUCCCAGCUUCAGGCUCAGAUCAACGCCAUGAACCAGCACUACGGCCCAUCUGGCGUCCAGUUCAGACUCGUCAAGGCCACCCGAACCAACAACGCCAACUGGGCCAGCGGUAGGGACGAGGCCGGCAUGAAGAGCGCUCUGCACAUGGGCACCUACUCUUCCCUCAACAUCUACUUCAUCCCCAACCUCAGCAGCGGUCUUUUGGGAAUCUGCUAUUUCCCACGCGCCAACCCAAGCCAGACCACCAUCACCAUGGAUGGCUGCAUGGUUCGCUCUGGCACCGUCCCUGGUGGUGAGACCACCAACUACAACCAGGGCAAGACUGCCACCCACGAAGUCGGUCACUUCCUUGGUCUCUACCACGUCUUCAGCGAGAACGGCUCCUGCGUUGACGCCGACAUGGUCGCCGACACUCCACCACAGUCCAAGAAGACCAGCGGCUGCCCUAACUCUCAGGACUCUUGCCCUGGCGGCGGUGUUGACUCUAUUCACAACUACAUGGACUACAGCUACGACGUCUGCAUGAACCAGUUCACCCGAGGACAGGCCUCCAGAAUUGCCCAGGCCUGGCAGGCUUUCCGUGCCGGACACUAA